CAUAAAUGUCUGUUUUCAACAAUUUGAGCAAUUAGUAUAAAUUGCUGUAACCGUUUUUAAUCAAAACAAACGAAAGAAAAAAAAUACUUUAAAAUAAAUAUUUAUACAAGUGCAUAUUUUAAAAUAUCAUACAACACAUACGGGGUUAACGUGUAAAAUAGCACUGGUUCGUAUGUGCGUGUGUUUGUGUGUGUGUGUGUAUAAGUGUUUGCCUACAAAUUACUCCAUAAGAUAUGGAUUGUUUGUUCAAUUCAUGAAUUAUUCCCAUUCGAAAUAAAAACAUGGCAAAAAUUUCCAACAAAUAACAGCCACAAAGAAAAAAAAUUAAGUUUUAAUAUAAUUAAGAAAUUAGCCCAGAGGAAAAAAAAAACACACACACACCAAAAAGCAAAUCGUUCGCUUUGGAAUAUCUAAAAUAGAUGUUUAUUUCUAUAUGUCUCUUCUGUGUAUGUGAGUGUGGUUUUUUGUGUAUUUGUGUUGAUUUCAAUAUAAACAAUAACUCUUUAUACAAAUAAAUAUAUAAGCCAUAGCAAAAAUAUUCAAGUGCAAUUGGUUGAAGUGUGCUGCUAAACAGAAUGUAAAAAAAAUGAUUUCAAGGAAAUGAUUUAAAUCAAUUUCCGUGUCUUAAUUUCAUAAAUAACCCUAUGUGUGUGUAUGUGCGUGUGAAAAUGUUUAUCAAGACAAAUUUUCGCAACGGCAAGUGCAACUCAUCCAUUAAAAUCAACUUUAAUUAAAUUAAAGAAAAUUAAAAAGGGACUGUGCAUAAAAUUAUUUCGCAUCGAAAGGAAACUACUGCGAAUCCCUUUAAUGACAUAAUAAAUCUUGAUGUCACAUUAACUCAUUCACUCGCUACGGGAUUUAAUGUGGCAUAGUGGCGAACAGGGUACACGCAGCGAAAGCGAAUAUUGAUGACAACCAUCACAUUUAAGCUAUUCAACAUAUUCCAGCCAAUAUGGAUACGACGAAAUAUCAAAACAUGGAUAUAACAAAAUUGGAUUUGAAAAAAUAUAACACCAACCUCACCAACGAUGAAUUAUUGCAAUUUCUGGAGUACUAUCGCGUUUACCGUGGCCGCCAUCGUAAUGUAACAGACGAAGAAUGUGUUGACUACUGCCAAGGGGAUUUUUUCCAAGGCCUGAGAGUUUACAAUGGAUUACAUGGUUAUGUAGCGUUAAUGAUAUGCAUAUUUGGCACGAUAGCCAAUCUUUUAAACAUCAUGGUGCUGACUAAAAAGGAUAUGGCAAAAGCGCCUAUAAAUAAAAUUCUCAAAUGGCUUGCGGUGGCCGACAUGUUCAUAAUGAUAGAAUACAUACCAUUUGCAACAUCUCAAUACAUUUAUAUGAAGCCAGGCGAAAAGGACUACACAUAUGCGUGGGCUGUCUACAUUCUGUUCCAUAUGCACUUCACCCAGGUACUGCAUACAAUCUCCAUUGGUUUGACGGUUACGCUGGCAUUGUGGCGCUAUGUGGCAAUAAGGCACCCCCAUGGAGCAUGUGCCAGCUUCCUGUUGUCCCACUGCAAUGAAUGCAUUCUAUUUUCCUUUGUUAUUUCGCCCAUUGUCUGCUUUCCCACGCUGCUGGUGUUUAAGGUAGGCGAGCGCAUGCAGGACGACCAGCUAUUGUAUUAUGUGCAAACCGAUAAGGAUUCCAAUUUGUACAGAGUCAAUUUUUGGAUUCAUUCAGUCAUAAUCAAAUUGCUGCCAUGCUGUGUGCUGACAAUUAUUAGUUUUGUGCUGGUAAAGGUGCUGUGUGAGGCUUCCAAAAGGAAGCAGAAGCUGAAGGACUACAACAAUCCCAACAAAGCAUCACAGGAGCAACAGUUGCAGAAACAUUCAACAAGAAUUCCCAAAUGCGAUAGACGCACAGACCGCACCACAAUGCUGCUGGUGGCUGUGCUUAUUCUCUUUCUGCUUACCGAAUUUCCUCAAGGUAUUUUGGGCUUAAUGUCCGGCAUCAUGGAGAAGUGCUUCUUUGAUGUGUGCUAUCAGGUAUUCGGUGAAAUGAUGGAUUUAUUGGCCCUCAUCAAUGCCUCCAUUGAUUUUGUGCUCUACGGCUUAAUGUCUAAGCAGUUCCGGACCACAUUUAAGUCAUUGUUCUUUAAGAGACGCCUGGGCAGCAUUGAAUUGACCAGGGUGACGCGCUUGACUACAACGUGUGUCUGAUUCCAUGAGCAGGAGGAGGAUAAUUAUGAAACAUCACUACCAGAGGCAGCGAUCUCAUAUGUGACUACGAACAAACCAACAAGGACAACAACGACGUUGAUGGUAACAAGGACAAGUGCAGAGGAGGGUGUGCUGGUCCUUGAUAAACUGAAUCAAGAGGAAGGUAUCCCAAUGCAAGUUGUUUCCCUGAAUGGCGUGUGAUAUUUAGCAGAAAACCGCUAGCAUCAUACAUUAGUGUUAAUUAAAAAAAAAGAGAAAUAUUGAAAGCAAAUGACAGAAAGCAUUCACAAAGGACCACUAUAAUUGAGUUUAAAUUAUCAUACAUUUUAUGGUAGCAUGUAAAUUUUCAGCAGCAUUUUUGUUCUGGGUUAUUUCUGCUACAUAUGAAACACCAUUUCGGAAAAGAGAUGUCCAUGAA